ACAUGCAUAAUGAUGCGUACAUAUCAUAAUCUUAAAUUUGUGCUAUUGCUAUAUAUAUAUAUAUAUAUAAUUAGGGUUUAUGGCUAUAUAUAGUAUAGGCACAUAAGGUUAGGUUUUAAGGCUAUAUGCUAUAUGUAAAUAGUAUAUUUAGGGUGUACAUGUUUAGUUCCUUAUAUAUGGUAUACUUAUAAGUAAAUCCCAACCCUAAUUAAGGUUAGCGUUUACAUUUAUGGACAUACUGUAAAAUUAUAAUACUAAUUUGCAUAUUGUACUAUAUGCAUACGAGUAAUGAUAGGCAGGGGCCAUCUUGCCGGCCCCUGCCCGGCCCUUUCCUACGUGGAAAGGGCCAUUUCGGUUUUAGAGCUCUUUUUUUUUUUUUUUUUUUUUUCACAAAAAAAAAAUUAAAAAUUAAAAAUUUCGAAAUUUGAAAACAACUCGGAUAUCUAUACCCAUUUUCCCAUUUUCUUCAUUUCAUAGCUUCCCCCCAAAAUUUUCCCUCCCUCUCUCCAUCUACCCAUUUCCUUCCCACCGUCGUUCUCCAUGCACGACCUGCCACCGUCGUUCUCCAUCUUCGGCCAACUCCGUCGUUCUUCCAGUUCCGGCUGUCUUCCAUCUCCGGUCGUCUUCUAUCUCCGGCCGUCUUCCAGUUCCGGCGACCAUUCGAAACCAGUGUAGUACGUCUUCUUCUCUGUAAAUAUUUUUUUGGUCCCCAAAACCACUACAAACAGCCACCAUCGUUCUCCAUCUCCGGCCAAAACCCAACCACCGUGCGAUCUCCAUCUCCGACAGAACGACCUCCGACGAGGUCCCCUAGUUCCGGCGACCCAUUUCCGGCCCAGAUUUCCCCCAUUUCCGGCUUUGGUACCGAUCUCCCCCAUUUUUGCAUUUUUUCAGUUGUUUUCAGAUUUGCUUUUUUUAGUUCCUUGCUGUGAUUUGUGGUUUUUUGCUAUUCGGUUUCUGGUUAUAAAAUGCCUUCUUACAUGUUUGUGUUAUGUGGAUUGUGAAACCUUGAUUGUAAACCGAGAAACCCCUAUGGAGCAUGAUGCUUCAGAAUGGGAUGUUGAUGCUGGGUUUGGGUCAAUUUCUGAAUGGGCACAAGUAAAUGUCACAACAAGUGAUUUGUCAAGCGGUCAUCCGUUAUGUAAGUUUGAAAUUCCUGCACGUCUAAGGAACUCUUGGACCACAUCCAAUCCCGCUAAAAAGUGGUAUGGAUGUAAUAAUUACAAGAAAGCCGGUGAUUGUGAUUUUUUUGAAUGGGCUGAUAAGGAGAUGUCUGCAUACGAGAAGAGAUUAGCGCAACAUCUGAAAGAGAUGGAAGAGAGAAGACAGGCUGACAAUGACAAAGUUGAGGAAUUAAUUGAAAAAAAAUGCAAGAAACAAUUAGCGCAACAUUUGAAAGAAAUGGAGUAGAAAGUUGAGGAAUUGAUUGAAAAAAAAUGUAAGGAGCAAUUAGCGCAACAUAAUGAGAAGAUGUUUCGUGUUUUGUUGUUAGUUGUCAUUUUGCUUUUAGCCUUUUAUUUUUGUAGUUAUAGUGAACCUAGACAUACUAACUUGAUGUUA